ACUUUAACUACGCUCCUUCUGUGGACAAAAUUGGAAAUUGGUGUUGGUGUGUGGGAACAAACACAAAUUGACUUGCAAGUUUCAAGUAAUCUACUCACUUCACUCACCAUCUUCAAACUCUGUACCAAUAAUGGCUGUAGCUUUAACCAUUGGUGUUUUUGGUGCUCUCAUUCUUUUCCACGCCGCUUAUUCAACUAUCCAAUAUAAGGGCUUGUUGAAGAUUACGGAAGAAGAGUUUUUAGGACCUCCUUUAAAUGUUGUGAUUGAGCUGGUUAUUGGAUUUUUGCUUUGUUUUUGGGCUGCACUUACUGUGCCGGGGAAGUUUUUGUCCAUACAUCCACACUCUGAAGAGAACAGGAUUGUUUCUUUACCUGCCAACCUAGACUUCAUGAUAUUCAACCACCGAGGCAAAGUUUUUCCCCUGGAAAUGGAUUUGAAGCUGAAACACUGAGGACUCUUGUAUCAACUACCAAGUCCCUUUAUAUGUCAUGUGUGUAAGGAAAAUAUUGUCUCUUGAUAUUAAAGAACUUGACUGUAUUUGAUAUAACUGUUGAUUGAUGUACGAAAUCCUGUUGUAACUUAUGCUUAUCAGUAGUAAGUACUGGCCACUUGCCCUAGUAAUUUUGACAGGAUGUUAUUACUUAUGGCAUUUAUGAAGAGAGGUAGCUUUGACAUUGACCAUA